AUGAUUAGCAACUUCUAUGAUGUAAAUAUGGAAUUAUCCCCAUCGUCGUUGUUUCGACUAUCGCUGCAAGCAGUUGCGAAAACGAUGUUUGAAUAUCGUUGGUUUCCUUCUAUUCUGAAUCCCCUACCGUCAGAAAUUUCCGAUUCUUUGAUGACUACGCUUCGUCUCAACAACUGGCUUAACAACGAAACAAUAGCACUCUUUGACAAACGCUUCCGCCUAACCGAGGUACAUUUAUCAUAUUCAUUGUUAACGGUAAUUCCAAGUGAAAUACUGCGAGUGCAUCAGAUAAAACGUCUUAUUAUUCGUGACUCUUCAUUUGGCGAUUCUGUUCAUGAUUUACAUGGUAUUUUGCAGUUGCUUGGACCUCAUGCAGCAACAUCGCUGGAAUACAUAGACAUGUCUGGUAUAACACCGGUCACAUGUAUAAGUUGUUUAGCUGAUUUGAAGAACUUGACAACAUUGAUUGUUUCCGAAACACCAGCAUUUGGGAAUGCAGAAUUAAAAACGGUGUGUAAAGAAAUGUGCUGUAUGAAAGUUCUUGAUUUAUCGCAAACAGUUAUCACAACAAUUGCUCCAUUAAGUAAUUUGAAAGACACUUUGGAAGUACUUGUUAUGCAUCGACUUAAGUUUCCUCGUGCGAUAGUAAUAAAUGGUGCUGGAGAUACAUUGCAACUUCUCAAUAAGUUAACAUUUCUAGAUAUAUCGGAUAAGAAGAGUGAUGUAUUACCAAAUAGCAUUGGUGAACUGUUUCAAGUUGAUAUCGGGACACUGAUAGUCCGUGAUGUCGUAGUAUUAGGCAUGCCUUGGUGGCCGAGGCUCCACUUCUUGGACAUUGCUGGAAAUGCAUUGGAUUUUCAUAAUCUUGCACUUACUGUUGAUUACAUUACGAAAUUUAUAUCUAUGCAUCCUCAUCUGGUCUACAUAUCUGUUCUGGAUACUUCUCUAAAUCGACAUCCUUAUCAAUAUCCAUAUGAAAGGGAUAAACCACUGCAAAUAGCUAGUGGUGGCACACGUGCCCAAUGUCUUCUUUCAUUGCAACUAUAUUGGCGUCCAGAUCGAGAAGCUUUUGCAUUACUUACAUUACAAGCUGUAUACUAUCUUCUACAAACUUCCUAUGAUGAAUUUCAGUCCGCUGAUUUGCAUCUGACUGUGCGGGGUGUUGUAUUGUCGAUGCUUAAUCACAAAAAAAACAUUGCAAUACAAAUGGCGGGUAGCGCUUGCCUUUAUCAUCUCUGCAGAUCAAAGCGAAUUAAUCAACUUACCCCACAGGAAACGCGAUACUGUGUUGACCGAUGCUUGGAUGCGGCAGAAAAUCAUCCUCGGAUGGUUCAGCUACAAAAGAAUGUUUGGCUUACGAUAUGUAACGAUAAUUUAUUACAGUCAUUAAAUUUUGAUGUAUUCCGGACAUGUGAAGUAGCCUUAGAAUCAAUGCUUAACACGCAGGACCCUUCCGUUUCAAGAAUUACGAUUGCAGUAGUGUCAAUUUUGGCACCAAAAUUGCCAACAAAACAAAGCCACCGUUUAGCUACAAAUAAACGAUACGUUGCGCAUUUGAUUCAAAUGAUUAAUGAAAAUCUAGAUAAUCCCAACAAUGGGCACGAUAAUUUCAAUAAUUUCACAAUAAAAUUUACUCUAUCUGCACUCUGGAAUUUGACAGACGAAUCACCUGUUACAUGUCGAUCAUUCGUGCAGCUUGGUGGCAUUGCAGCAGCAUUUGGUGUAUUGGAACAUUAUCAAAGUAAUGCAAAUAUACAAACCAAGGUUCUUGGCCUUUUGAAUAACAUUGCGGAAGUGAGAGGCCUGAAAAAGCAAAUAGUACAUCAUCAUUAUAUUCGAACAGUUCUAGAGUUGAUGGAAAGUGAUUUGAUGCCCGACAAUUAUGCUACAGCCGUUAGUAAUACAAAGCAUAUCGAUGUAUCAUAUUUCGCCGCUGGAAUAUUGGCUAAUCUGUUAGACUGUGGCCCAUGGACAUUUGAACCGACAUCGGAUCACUGCAAUCAAUCGUUGAUGAUGGCAGUAAAAAGAUGGCCGAAAGCACUGCUAACUAUGAUUGCCUAUCGGUCAUUCGUGCCAUUUUUUGUAUUAUUGAAACAAGAUGAUAUAACCGGAGCUCAGAUGUGGGCCGCAUGGGCAAUCCAAAAUGUGUGCAUCAGUGACAAACAAAACAACUAUAUAAAGUUACUUCUUUCACAAGGAGGACAAGAAGAAUUUAUACGUUUAGUCAAUUCAAGGUUUGCUCAUCCAGACGCUAUCCGGCUUGCUCAUUCCGUGCUCAAUUUGAUCAAACACUCUAUUUGCGAUCCAUAA